AUGGCGCUCCAACUUUUUCGCAAGUUCGUCGCACGGGACGCGUACCCCGCCUAUUCGUACGACGAUGACGACGAAGACUUGGCCGUCUUUGGUGACUCGAUGGAGCUUUGUGUGCAACGCGAAGCGAGGACAAGGAGAGGCUCCGUGAUGGGUCGCCAAGUUGUGCUGCGAGGGCUACACGAAGGCGACGCCCAGCUUGGGCAAGACUACUUCAACGACAUCCAUGUUUACGACGACAAAGCGUUUAGAAGAAGGUUCAGGAUGACAAAACGGUUGUUCCACCGGAUCACAACAACAAUUGCUUCAAACUACUACUACUUCAGGCAAAACCCGGACGCAAGGGGUCUCUUAGGCUGCACCCCUAGGCAAAAGGUUACAGCUGCAUUGAGGAUGCUGGCCAACGGCAAUUCAGCAGACGAGCUUGAUGAGAAACUUAGGAUGGGAAAGACUACAAUUGCAGAAGCGACACAGAAAUUUGCUUGGGCAAUAAUCCGCUUAUUUGGUGAUGAGUAUCUCCGCCGUCCUAAUGCUCAAGAUGUUGCAAGGCUGCUGGAAAUAGGUGAAAGGAGGGGCUUCCCUGGCAUGCUUGGAAGUUUGGAUUGCAUGCACUGGCAAUGGGAUAAAUGCCCUACUGGAUGGCACGGCUUCUAUAGUGGUCAUUGUCAGCACCCCACUGUCAUUCUAGAGGCCGUGGCUUCAUCGGACCUGUGGAUAUGGCAUGCCAAUUUUGGCAUCCCUGGAUCGUGCAAUGACAUCAACGUGUUGCACCGCUCUCACUUGUUUGAUGACCUGGCUCAAGGUAAUGCCCCUCUUGUUAACUUCACCGUCAAUGGAAAUUCAUAUGACAUGGGUUACUACCUUGCUGAUGGUAUAUACCCUGAAUGGGCUACUCUUGUGAAGGGGGUGCAUUGUCCUAUAACUGAAGAGCAAAAAUUCUUUACACUCAAGCAAGCAGAGUGCAGAAAAGAUGUUGAAAGGGCAUUUGGUGUACUUCAAGCUAGGUACAGGAUUGUUGCCCAUCCAGCUUGGCUUUGGAAACCAAGUGUGCUCAAAUCCGUCAUGGAAUGUUGCCUAAUUCUUCACAACAUGACCAUCGAAGAUGAGAGGGAGUUCCCACUUCCAAGGUGGGAAGACUAUGAUGACGCUACCGAUCCUAACCUUGGCACAGGAAGGAAUAUUCCCCCCAUAGAGGAGUUGAUAGCAAGGCACAAGCUCAUCGAAAGCAAAACAACGCACCACCAACUUCGUGAUGAUUUGGUGGAGCAUGUGUGGGCAAAUUGUCGUCGACGCUCGAACUAA